CCAAGAGAGCGGAACUCGGGCAGUGAAACUUCUUGUGGAGUGAAGGACAAUGAAGGACGACGUAAUCUAUUUGGUGCUGCUGGGCUCGUGUAUCGGGUUCGGUCAGUACUACCGCAAGAUCCGGGAUCCGGGGCAAAAGAAGCUGAUCGGGACGGCGGUAGGGCUGCUAGUUGUGCUAUCGGUCAGCGGAUUCCACAUGCUGCACAUGUUUUUCUGUUAUCUCACCAGCGCCCUGCUGAUAAUCUAUGCUAGUCGCAAAGUGUGUCAUCUGGCCUGCUUCGGGUUCAUGUUCGGCUACCUGUUCUUCUUUCGUUCGCUCGCGAUGCUAGGCUAUGAAUCGCCACCGGGCCACACGAACAUGAUCCAAAUGAUUCUCACCCUCAAGCUGGUCGGCUUGGCGUUCGAGGUAAAUUCGGCCUACAGCAAGUCGAAAGCGGUAUCGGCCACCGGCGGCGGUGAUGGCGGAGCGUCGAGCGAAACCGAUCGUGUUCUGCUGAAGCUCGAUAUGGCCGACAUUUUCCACUAUAGCUUCAACUACGUCGGUGUGCUGACCGGGCCCUACAUUACGUACAAAACGUACCACGAUGCGAUCCACCUGCCGUUCAGUGGACGCGCGGAUUGUGUUGGGGCGACGGUGGAAAAACUUAAGAUGGUACCCCUGUACGCCGUACUGUUUCUGCUCGUUUCGUACGUUUGGCCACUGGAGUACGCGACAAGUGACGAGUUCUUCGAGCUGCGUUCGUUCCUCUAUCGUCUCUGGUACGUGUGGCCGACAUUCUUCAUUUUCCGUAUGCGCAUCUACACCGGUAUCCUGCUGAGCGAGUGUGUAUGCACGAUGGCCGGCGUCGGGGCGUACCCGGUGGCAUUCGCCAGCAAACCGGGCCUCGGACCGACGAAGGAAGUCACCGAGGGACAAGAGGGACCGUACGACUUCGAAGCGGUGCGCAAUAUCGACGUAAUCAACACCGAGCGCUGCUGGACGUUCCGCGAGGCAAUGAAGUACUGGAACAUGUGCGUCCAGUAUUGGAUGGCCAUGUACGUUUAUAAGCGCUUCCCGAGCAAAAAGUAUCGAACCCUAGCGACUCUCGGCGUGUCCGCCAUCUGGCACGGCGUGUAUCCGGGAUACUAUUUCUGCAUCUGCGGCGCCCCGUUCUAUUUGCCGAUCGAGGAUCUGUACACGAAGCUGUUUUUGAAGGAUGCGAUCGGCCAGCGCCGGUUGGUGCUCAAUGUGAUCUGCUGGAUUUCAAAGUUCUUUGCGUUUUCGUACAUGGGCAUUGCGUUCCUGCUGCUAACGGUGGACAAGAUUUGGCAUUACUACAGUUCGGUUUACCACUUUGGCUACGUACUGUGGAUUCUCAUGUACGGCGUUGGGGUGCUGAUUGCCAAGCAGCGAAAGGCUGCCGCAAAGCGCGAGGAACGAUCGCGGGAGCAAAGCGCAAAGAGUACAAAGGGCGAUUAAGUCAGCCCGCCGGAUGAUUUCGUUCGAAGCGAAUGAUUUGAAACGAUGCACACACUAGGUUCUGUUUGUGUUCAUAUUUACGUUGAUGCUCUUAGAAAACUAGUUAUUUACACGUUGAUCGGGUUGACUGGUAUAAACCAUGAUUUUUAAUGUUAAAGCGACUUCAAUUUGCACACUAACGGGGUCAUGUGGGACUGCAAAGUGUGUGGAAGACACAUUCUUACAAAUGCAAGGCUCGAAUGUUCCGCAUCGGUCAAGCUCAGCUACGUUU